AUGAACUAUCACAGGGUAUUUCGUCGGUUUUCAACGUUGAUUGAUUCGCCUAAGAAAGACACCAUCCCCAGGAAAUUAAAGGAUAGGAAUCGAAACCCAAUUCCAUUGCCCCAUAGAACAGUUAUUGAACCCAGAGGGCAAGAUCUUGAUUAUGUGACUGUUGCUCACAGCCACCUCAUACACUCUGAUUGGCCUAAGCUCGGCAAAUUAGUCCCAGGUCUGAGUCCCUUUAGAGUUCAGCACAUUCUGUUGAAGGUCCAGAAAGAUUAUGUUCUUUCACUCGAAUUCUUCGACUGGGUUCAGCUCCAAAAACCGAAAUUCCAUACCCUGGAAACAUAUUCCAUAAUUCUUCAUAUCCUUACCAAGAAUCGGAAAUUUAAGUCUGCAGAGUCUAUUUUGAGGAACAUUCUGAAAUCUGAUGAGAUAGAUAUUCCUUCUAAGCUGUUUGAGGCCAUCCUUAACUCUUACAGAGUAUGCGAUUCUUCCCCGCGUGUUUUUGACACUCUGUUCAAGACCUGUGCACAUAUGAAGAAGUUCAGGAAUGCCACUGAUACAUUCUGUUGGAUGAAGGAGUAUGGAUUUCACCCGACCGUUGAGUCUUGCAAUGCGUUUUUUAGUUCCUUGAUAAGUUUGAAUCGGGCAGAUAUUGCAGUGGCGUUUUAUAAGGAAAUGCAGCGGUCUUGGAUUUCGCCAAAUAUUUACACUUUGAAUAUGUUCAUUGGUGCUCUGUGUAAAUUGGGAAAGCUGGAAAAGGCUGUUGAGGUGUUUGGAAAGAUGGAGGGUAUGGGUUGUGCCCCGACAGUUGUAUCAUAUAAUUCAUUGAUUGCUGGUCACUGUAACCUGGACCUUCUGAAUACUGCUAUGAAGCUGAAGAAUUUGAUGCAGAAGAGUGGUUUAAGCCCCAAUGAUGUUACUUUUAAUACACUCAUCCAUGGAUUCUGCAAGGAAGGGAAAUUACAUGAAGCAACUAAACUUUUUAAUGAGAUGAAGGGCAUGAAUGUAUCUCCUAAUACCAUAACCUAUAAUACAUUGAUAAAUGGUUACAGCCAGGUGGGUAAUAUUGAGAUGGGCAGAUGGCUUUGCGAGGAAAUGUCAAGAAAGGGAAUCAGAGCUGAUAUCUUGACUUAUAAUGCAUUGAUUUUUGGACUAUGCAAGGAAGGGAAGACAAAGAAAGCUGCAUACCUGGUUAAAGAGCUUGACAGCAAAAAAUUAACCCCAAACUCCUCAACUUUUUCAGCCCUUAUUGUCGGGCAGUGUGUCAAGAAGAAUUCUGAGCAUGCCUUUCAACUAUACAAGAGUAUGGUAAAGUGUGGUUGUCAGCCAAAUGAACAAACUUUCAACAUGUUGCUCUCUACCUUCUGCAAGAAUGAGGAUUUUGAUGGAGGAGGUCAAGUCUUGCUGGAUAUGUUAGAAAGGUCAAUGAUUCCUGAUUUGACAAUGUUAUCAGAGCUGUGCCAUGGACUUAGCCAAUGUGGAAAGGACAAAUUGGUUGCAAGGUUGUGCAAAGAGAUGGAAGCUAGACACCUCUUGCCAGAGGGUUUUGAGAAAACUAAUAGUAGUAUCACUUGA